AUGGGAACUAGCACAACAAACUACCGCCUGAGGGUAACUGCAGGACCAAGCUACGACCUCAAUACACACAGAGUCGUAGUCGUCAAUGCUGACGAGACUCUACGCAUCGAAAAUGAGCAAGCCGUGACCUAUCUCUGCGUGCGCAUCCAAGACUACACCGGUCUACCAAACGACUCCCCCAAGUCAAGUCCCUACUUCACCCACCCCCUCCAUGAAUCCGACCAAUACUCCAUCUCCUUCAUCCUCAUCCCCAAGCAAGACAUCAGCGGCAACGACCUCAUGUUCGGCAACGACUUCAAUCAACCCAUUCGCGACAGUAUCCCACCGGGCUUCAACACCGCACUCAAACUAGUGAAAUGGGCGAUUGAUCCGGGUCUGGAUGGGGAUCCGUAUGCUGAUAAGCCGUAUUUGUAUAGUCCUGCUUUGGCGUCGUGGAAUUAUCUCCGGGUUGGGGAGAAGGUUGAUUUGAGUGAAGAAGUGGGGGAAGGGAAUCGGCAUGAUCGGAUUGCGGUUGUUGAGGAAGGGGGUGAGGGGAGUGGAGAGGCUGAGAGAGAGAAGUUGCAGAUUCCGGGUGAUACUGCGCAGAGAAAGAAGCAUUUUCUGGAUGAGAAUAAGCGUAAGGAAUUUGUGUUUGAAAAGGGCAGGCAGUAUUUGGUUGAUUUUGGGAAUCCUUAUUUGGGGUUUAACGACUUCACCCUGCGUCUCCCUGGAUUCCAUCUCCAUGUCGCAAAAUACAUCGACGCGCGAAAGCACAAACUACGAUACACACUCAAAAAUAAGAAUUUAGACAAGGAGAUUCUCGUUGUUUUGUUCACUCUGUUGGUGGAAGGCUCAGAAGAGGAGAUCACGGAACGAGAUUCGUCUGCUGGUGAUGGAAUAGAGGAUGGUCCAAGAUCCUCGUCGGAAAAGAGGAAGAGUACAAAUCAGGGGGAGAAGACUACCUAA